UCUAUAUUUAACCCAUGAAUUCAACACGUAUAAAAAAAGAUUUCACCACCAUCCGAGACAUUACAAUCUCGAGCCUCUGAACCGACAGCAUCACUCAAGACUACAAUUAAUAAGAAACGAAAUCACACUAUCUAUAUUGAAGGAAGAUUUUACAGAUGGCAAUGGGAAUUAUCCAAAAUUCAUGUCUGCUACUCUUGUGCUUGGCUAGUUGCACUGUCGCAGUGCCUCUGAGGAAAUCCCGCGAUACCUCUUCUUCGACGGCGGCACCAACUUCGCCCCUUCUUAGAUGGCACCAACCGUGUGGGGGUAGUAGUCCUGUGAGCAACGGCCCAGCCCUACCCGCGAUGCCUGCUCCUCCUCUGGGUCAGUCUGCUUUCACCAUACGUAUGCACAUCACUGACAAUAUGAACAAAGUGAAGGAUCUUCGUAAACGAUGGGUACAAGAAAGAUUUCACAGCGAUCCUGAAUAUAUCAACUGGAUUGAAUCUCAGUACAUAGUGUACAGUAGUUUGCCACAAGAGGAGCACUGGUCUCAGUUUGUUGGGAUUCAAAAUGCUGUAAAUAACAUGGACGAGUUCUUUUCACAGAGUUAUAUUUGGCUAGCCAAAAUAGCAGUGCACUUAGAAGAAAUAAGGAUAGAUGAGCUCGCGUCCAAUACAGUUUUUAACCAAGAAAACGUCGAUGCUCAUAUGAUCCAGAGUGCUGAGGAUCAGCUGUACGUCUGCAUGUGCGCCGUUCAUACCCUCAUGACGUCCAGGAACCUGCAGCUGGACCAGACGAUCGAGCGAGACAUACUGGAGACUACUUUCGCUGACCCGCCAGGCAAUUCAAAGACCCUGAGGUACAACAGAGACUGGAUCGUUUUCAACCAUUUCCUGAAACUCCUAACUCAUUUGGAAAAGGUUUACACCGAACUCCAACAAAUGUAAGAAGUUGAACUCUUUAAAUUUUGAUAAUCUCCGUGGUAAUACGGACAAAACAGUUUACUUGAUUUGGGUCCGUUCUGUUAUCUGUGCCUAGGGGUGUGCAGCUGCAUGAAGGACUACGGCAUCUAUUAUGAUCUCUUACAAUACAGUUUAUCCAUUAUGGCAUUCCAGCUUUAAGUGUGCGUUUACAAAUUCAUUUGUAUAUUUACCAUUAAAAGUUGAGGGACGAAAUUAGUAAACAAAGAGUAAACUCAGUGCUUUAGAAUUUUCGCUUAUGUGAAAAUGAUAAUAGUAGCGGCUAUGCCGUGUUUUAUGUAAGUGGGUUUUAUCCACUGUCGAUUAUUUGUGUUUGGAUUGGAUAACUUUGUGCUAUGUGUAUUCGUAUUUAUAUAUAUUCAUUAUUUAUCAUAUAGGGAAUUUAAAAUACCAAUUCCUAUAGUUAAUAAUUAUGCUUGUACAUAGGCUUUUAUUUAUUGAACUUCAAUGUUCUUGUGAGCUUUAUACCAAUUUUCCAGUCGAUUCAAUGUUAGCAGUGAUAUAUUUAUAAUCUUCAUCUUCCAUUUUGGAAUUAGGUAUUUAUUGAGCUGCCUGUGAUAUUUUUGUGAACUUACAAUUUUUACCAUAUGUUGAAACAAUAAAGUUGUUAAAGUUAAA